CCUUUAUCACACACACGCGCACGCACACACUCGCAGGCUGGCGUGAGAAAAAACACAAAACAAAACAAAAUUCACAGGCAGCUGAAGUCGAAUUCGCGACUAUUUAUAAUUUACCAACCACCAGCGACGGCCGGGACUUGUGCGUGGCCAAGCCAGGACUCGAGUGGAGCGCAGCGGAGCCCAGUUGGCAGACGGAAGCAAGCGGAAGCCGAGCAGCGAGGGCCAAACGGCGAUUUGCGUCGCAAACUUUGCCAGGGACAGGUGAAGCCCUCUGCGGAUUUGCCAGCCGCCAGAUAAAUCCGCGAAUUCCGUCGCGACGACGACGCCCGCGAUGGUGGAACCCAUUUUCGAGUACCAGUUCCGGCUGAUCCUGAUCGGCGACAGCACCGUGGGCAAGAGCUCGCUGCUCAAGUUCUUCACAGACGGCAAGUUCGCCGAGCUAUCCGAUCCCACAGUUGGCGUCGACUUCUUCGCCCGCCUCAUCGAGAUGAAGGACGGCACACAGAUCAAGCUCCAGCUGUGGGACACCGCCGGCCAGGAGCGCUUCCGUUCGAUCACCAAGUCCUACUACCGCAACUCGGUGGGCGUGCUGCUGGUCUACGACAUAUCGAAUCACGCGAGCUUCGAGCACAUACCGCUGUGGAUGAUGGAGGCACAGCGCCACAUUGAGCCCCACCGCCCCGUUUUCGCGCUGGUCGGCUGCAAGCUGGACCUCAUCAAUGCGGGCGGCCAUCGCGAGGUGACCACGGAGGAGGCGCAAAAGUUUGCCAAACAGCACGGUCUGCAUUUCGUCGAGACGUCGGCCCGCUCCGGCGCCAAUGUGGAGGAGGCCUUCCGCAUGGUCACCCAGGAGGUGUACGCCCGCAUUCGAUCCGGCGAGUACAAGGCCGAGGACGGCUGGGAUGGCAUCAAGUCCGGCUUCUCGCGGCCCAACAGUCUGGACUUCAAUCUCGUCGUGGCCGAGCCGGAAAAGUCCUCCUGUUGUUGAUCGCCCACCCCAGACUUUCCCCCCCACUAUUAUUUUCAAUACUGUUUGUGUACAUUGAUUUGUAACGUACCGACCCUGUCCCCAAAACCACUACUUUGUUGACUCUUUUAAUCUUGUUUAAAUCGCCUAGUUAAGCUGAAAAACCAAAUCAGUUACGUAUAUUUGUACAAUGCGUUUUUUUACUAGUUACUUUUAGUUUUGCUCCUAAGUUAACUUUUAGUUAGGUGACUCACGGAAAUUAGUGAAUAUUUAGUUCGGCCCCCUCUUUCCAAAGUAUGUUUAUUUCGUCCCCUUGAUUGGUAACGAGUCAAUCGAUAAAUACGUAGACGAGUUUCUGUGCUCCUAACUCAUACAUCACAUAACUCCACAUACACGAAUGGAAAAAGCUAUACAUAUACUUGAAAUAUAAACGUUUUUAUUAAUACGAA